GGAGGAACACAAGACUCGGCGGGAGGAGCUGGCGAGAAAGGCCGAUGCAGUGGCCGGACGGACGCCCGUGGCUACUGCUGAUGCUGCAAGCGGGACAGAUGGUGGCGAGGCGAAGGAUGCUGGCGCUGCGUCGCAAGAGAAAGGGAGAAAGGGCUCGCGGAAGGCAAGGGCGGGGCGAGGAGGCAAGGGCGAGGCCAGGGGCGACGGAGCCAAGACCAAGGGCAAGGGCAAGGCCGGGACCGGUAAGGCGGUAGCGUCCAAGGCGGAGCCUGUGACCGUGGACGAGCUUGUGCUGUCAGCGGUGGGUGACGUGGAUCCGAGCGGCAAGUCGCGGCGGAGGCGCAAGGUCGAGCUCUCGAUGGAGGUGGUGGCCAAGGUGGAGGCCGAUGUGGCGCCCGACGUGCGGGAGCAGUACUCGCGGGAGAUCCAGACCGAGACUACGCUGGCAGACCUGGUCCAGCAGGAAGCGGCGGCGGAGCGGCUGACCGAGCUCGAGGCCGCGGUAGCCGACGCCGAGGCCGAGGCGGCGGCGGCGGCGGCCGAGGCCGAGGCCGCCGACGCGGCGUCGAAGCGGACCAUCUCGCUGCAAGAGCGCAAGGCGGUGCUCGAGUCUGAGAACUUUCUCUCGUUCUUCACCAAGGCGUCAUCGUGGAUGAACCGCGCGCUCAACGAAGAGUACGACAUCAUGGUGGACUACACGAUGGACUACGCACGCGACGGCGGCGGCAUGUCGCUGGCCGACUCGCUGACGCACAGGGCCGUGUUUGCCUCGGACCGGUGGAGCCGGCACCGGUCGGUGACCUCGCUCGACUGGUCGCCGCAGUUCCCGGAGCUCUUUCUGGGAGCGCUCAACUCAAACGAGAUGGAUCCGCUGGAGCCCGGCGGAGGCGUGCUGGUCUGGUCGGAGCGGACCGAGGAGGCGCCCGAGCUUGUGCUGCUGUGCGAGUCGCCUGUGACGGCCGCCCAGUUCUCGCCGUUCAACCCGCAGCUGGUGGUGGCCGGCACGUACUCGGGCCAGGUGGUGAUCUGGGACAUGCGAGUGCAGAAGCGGACGCCUGUCCUACGGACUCCGCUCUCGUCGCAGGGCCACACGCACCCGAUCUACGCGGCGCGGGUUGUUGGCACGCCCAAUGCCCACAACCUCAUCUCGAUCUCGACCGAUGGCCGGCUCUGCUCGUGGACGCUGGACAUGCUCGCAGCGCCGCAGGAGGUCCUCGAGCUGACCAACAAGCAGCUGAAGAAGCCCGUGGCUGUCACGGCGCUCGACUUUGCGGCCAAGGAGGCGAACGCGUUUGUGGCCGGGGCCGAGGACGGCUCAGUCUACGCCGGCUUCCGACAUGGGGCCAAGCAAGGCCUCGACGACGCCCGCGCUGGGCACUUUGGCAUGGUCACGGCGCUGGACGUCCACCCGCCUGGCGGCUCGACAGACUUUUCCGAGCUCUUCCUCUCCUCGUCCAUGGACUGGUCCGCCAAACUCUGGUCCAUCGGCUCGCCCGAGCCCAUUUACUCGUUCGAGGACGCCCAUGACUACAUCUACGACGUCCAGUGGUCGCCUGCACACCCAGCGCUCUUUGCCACCGGCGACGGUGGCGGCUUCCUCGACAUCUGGAACCUCAACGCAAACUCAGAGGUUCCGCUGGUCAAGGCCCAGCUCCCCACCCCGGGUGCCUCCAUCUCGCAGCUCCGCUGGUCCGCCGACGGCACCCGCAUCAUCGCCGGCGACUCGCUCGGCUCGGUCCAUCUCUUUGACGUUGGCAAGGAGAUCGCAGAGCCGGCCGCCGACGAGUGGUCGCGCUUCGAGCACACCCUCUCCCAGCUCCGCCGCGUUUAGCCGCAGCCAUCCCCGUCGGAGCGAGUUCGCUCCACUUUCAUGUAAAAGCCAUCCGUGCCGA